AUGCUAUGCCACUUGAGAGUCUACAUAUUCAGUGACACAUAUUUGGUUGACGACCUCAAGAACCUAGCAUUUGAAAAGUUUACGACUGUAGUUAAAGAUGUGGGAGACCCCAAAAAUUUGAGUGAGCAGCUCGCGGUCAUUGACUGUCUAUCAUUGGCGUUCUCAACGCUCCCUCCGCACGAUAAGCUUCUUGAAUGGCUAGCCCGGUAUGCCGCUUGGUGCCUUUCCAGCUUACGUCUCCAGGAGAACUUUCAUAAGUUGCUUCAGAAAAUUCCGGCGCUCAGCUAUCGCAUGAUGGAAACAUUAAAUCCAGCCAACGAAGCUCCUUGGAAUAUCAAAUUGUCAAAAUACCGUGUCCCUUCUUACGAUGCUCGCACUGACGAGGAUGAUGUUUAUGAUGAUUAG